ACAUGCUGUCUGCCCAAGGCGUCGGGACCUGCUGACGUGACUUCUGAGCUCUGAUCUUCCCGGUCAGUGGGACACUGGUGGCUCCAUGUCCCAGCUCCAGAGCUCCUGGGAAAUGCACCAGCAGAGCGUGGCGUAUCUUCCAAACACAGACAUGGAGACCGUGGCUGCUAGCACUUCGCUUCCCGACCCAGCCGGCGAGUUCGACAAGAACGUGCCCCGUAUCUGCGGCGUCUGCGGGGACAGAGCCACUGGCUUUCACUUCAACGCCAUGACCUGCGAAGGCUGCAAGGGCUUCUUCAGGAGAAGCAUGAAGAGGAAAGCGAUGUUCACCUGCCCGUUCAAUAGCGACUGCAAAAUCACCAAGGACAACCGGCGGCACUGCCAGGCGUGUCGGCUGAAGCGCUGCGUGGACAUCGGCAUGAUGAAAGAGUUCAUCCUGACGGACGAGGAGGUUCAGAGGAAACGCGAGAUGAUACUGAAGCGCAAGGAGGAGGAAGCGCUCAAGGAGAGCCUGAAACCCAAACUCUCGGAGGAGCAGCAGAAAGUCAUCGACAUCCUCCUCGAGGCUCAUCGCAAAACCUACGACCCCACGUACGCCGACUUCACCAAGUUUCGGCCCCCCGUGAGAAGCAACCCUAGCAACAGGGGGGCAGCGAGGUCCUCCUCCAUCCUCACCCAGGACUUGUCGUCGGAGGACUCCACCGACCUCUUUGGCUCCGAUGCCUUCAACACGUUUCCAGAGUCUGUGGAGCCUCAGAUGUUUUCGAACCUGGUCCUCUCCGAGGAGAACGAUGAGAGCUCCUCCAUGAACAUCGACUUCUCCCACCUCUCCAUGCUCCCGCACUUGGCCGACCUGGUCAGCUACAGCAUACAGAAGGUGAUCGGCUUUGCCAAAAUGAUCCCGGGAUUCAGGUGAGACGUUUCAGAGGACCAGAUCGCCCUGCUGAAAUCCAGCGCCAUUGAGGUGAUCAUGCUGCGCUCGAACCAGUCCUUCACCCUCGAGGACAUGACGUGGACCUGCGGCAGCAACGACUUCAAGUACCGGAUCAGCGAUGUCACCCAAGCUGGCCAUAGCAUGGACCUGCUCGAGCCGCUCGUGAAAUUCCAGGUUGGUUUGAAGAAGCUGAACCUUCACGAAGAAGAGCACGUGCUCCUCAUGGCCAUCUGCAUCCUCUCCCCAGAUCGCCCAGGCGUGCAGGACACCUCGCUGGUGGAAUCCCUCCAGGAUCGCCUCUCGGAGAUCCUCCAGACCUACAUCCGCUGCAGGCACCCUCCUCCCGGCAGCCGCCUGCUCUACGCCAAGAUGAUCCAGAAGCUGGCCGACCUACGGAGCCUGAACGAGGAGCACUCCAAGCAGUACCGCUGCCUCUCCUUCCAGCCCGAGCACAGCAUGCAGCUCACGCCGCUGGUGCUCGAGGUCUUCGGCAACGAGAUAUCCUGA